AUGAAGUUGACCCUCAAGAUAUUUUUUGGGAUUCUGAUGCUCCUAAAUACCAGCCUGGCGUAUAAGCCUGUUGUUUUAGUUCAUGGAAUCAUGACUGGAAGUGGAAGUAUGGAAAUAAUAUCACGUAGAAUUCAAGAGAAACACCCAGGAACAAAGGUGUAUAAUGUCAAUAGAUUCGAAAGUUGGUCCAGUCUAGAAACUAUGUGGCAUCAAGUUCUAGAAAUUGGUUUGGACAUAGCAAACAUAUCUAGUCAUUAUCCUGAGGGUAUAAAUCUCAUUGGAUACUCCCAAGGCGGCCUGGUAGCAAGAGGCAUCGUGCAGACAUUCCCGAAUGUUUCAGUAAGCACCUUUAUUUCAUUAAGUUCACCUCAAGGCGGUCAAUAUGGAGCCGGUUUCCUUCACGUCGUUUUCCCUGGACUAGUCAAGGAGUCAGCCUAUGAAUUGUUCUACUCACGAGUCGGGCAACACACCUCUGUCGGUAAUUACUGGAAGGAUCCCUACCAUCAGACUUUGUAUGAGGAAUACAGCGUUUUUCUGCCGUAUAUUAAUAAUCAUAUUAUGUCAGCGAAAUCGGACGACUUUAAAUCCAACUUAUUGAGACUAAAACGAUUUGUGCUAAUUGGUGGUCCCGACGAUCAAGUUAUUACUCCUUGGCAGAGCAGUCAAUUCGGCUACUACAAUGUGAAUGAGACGGUAGUAGAGUUGCGCGAGCAGGACAUCUAUAUGUCGGACCGCAUUGGGCUGCGGGCGCUCGACGAGAGCGGGCGUCUCCACAUCGUCACCGUACCUGGAAUCAAUCACUUCAAUUGGCACAUGAACGUGAGCAUUGUAGACGACUAUCUAUUGCCGUAUUUGGAUUGA